AUAUCUUUGUUUUGUUUUAGGAACUUUCAGGUUUUUUUCUAAAUUAUGUAUGUCGAAGAGUGAAAAGUCAAUUAAUUAUUGUGUGUAUCUUUUUGAUUGGUGUAUUAACAGUAACUAAAUUAACACUGAAUAAGGUAUGGGCUUAUUGUAAUCAUAGCCAAAAGUCGUGGUUACUCACGGCUCUGAUGAGGAGUCUGUAGUGACGAGCUGUGUUUUUAAUUAGUGACAAAAGCGAAAGGAGCUCGGACGAACUGCGAUUAUGUACACACUACACCAGUAGACGUUUCGAAAAGCACGUUCGCCAAUGUAUUUAUGAUAAUAAUGUAUUAAAGUUUUGGUCAUCAAAUCUUUACCUUUUGUCAAUGGCUUGAACAACUUUUUCUAGUUGGAAUUUUAUUAUUUUACGAUGGAGUGCAAAAAUUAUUGUGUGAUAUUUAUAAUAUUUGCUGUUGCGAUAGUUCAAGCAGUGGGUUAUGAUACGGAACUAUUCGAAAGUCCACCGUGCGAUAGUAAUGCCUGUUUUGAAACUCUUCAUGGAGCGCUCGGAGAUUGUUCAUGUAAUGUAGACACAAUCGACUAUUUUAACAACGUAAAAAUAUUUCCCCGAAUCCAGAGCUUGGUGAGCAAAGACUAUUUUCGUUUUUAUAAAGUAAACUUAAAAAAAGAAUGUCCGUUCUGGGCAGAUGAUAGUAGAUGUGCUAUGAAAUACUGUCAUAUUAAAACAUGCUCCAAAGAGAGUGUGCCUGGAUUUGAUGGCUAUGAAGAGGAAUAUCUUGAAGAAUCUCCAGCUUUAAAAUACUCAUUAGAUGCAACUACACACUGUGACCAAGAUUCUGAUCAUGAUCCUGAUUUGGGUUACCUAAAUAUGACCAUUAGUGCUGCAAGUCAAUUUGAAAUAGCUAAAUGGAAAGCAUAUGAUGAUUCCUUAGAAAAUUUCUGUCAAUGUGAUGACAAAGAUGCAGAUGCAGAGUUUGUGGACCUUUCACUAAAUCCUGAACGUUACACAGGCUAUAAAGGUCCCUCUGCCCACAGAAUUUGGAGGAGCAUAUACCAAGAAAACUGCUUCCGUCCAAAGACAAAUCCAUAUCAAUCAUUCCCAUAUGUAUUAAGUUCCGAUUUAAGUAAUAUGUGUUUAGAAGAGAGGGUUUUUUAUAGAGCUAUAUCUGGUUUACAUACAAGCAUUAACAUCCACCUUUGUUCAAAAUAUUUGUUGUCAGAGAAAAAGAUAGGAUUUGCUGCCCCACCUGAAGGAGAAUGGGGUCCUAAUUUGGAUGAAUUCCAGCGUCGAUUUGAUCCAUCACAAACGCAUGGUGAAGGACCCAAUUGGUUAAAGAAUUUGUACUUUUUGUACUUAUUAGAAAUGAGGGCUCUCGCCAAAGCUGGGCCAUAUUUAGAGAGAGAAGAUUAUUUCACAGACAGCCCUAUUGAAGAUGAAGAGACAAGGAAUGCAAUAAAGAAUAUGCUGGGAGUUAUUUACUCAUUUCCAGACCAUUUCAAUGAAUCGCUUAUGUUUAAUGGUGGGACUCAAGCUGCCACUUUAAAGUUUGAGUUUAGAGAGCACUUCUUAAAUAUUUCAAGGAUAAUGGAUUGUGUAGGUUGUGACAAAUGUAAGCUGUGGGGUAAACUACAGACUCAAGGUCUGGGAACAGCUUUGAAGAUUCUCUUUUCAGGUAGAUGGGAUAGUGAAGGUGACCCAGGUCAGGGCAGGUUACCUUUGCGGCACAAAUCACAAAAACGCCUUCAGAGAACAGAAAUUGUUGCUUUAUUCAAUGCAUUUGCGAGGCUGUCAAAUAGUAUCCGGGAGUUGGAAAAUUUUAGGACUAUGUUAAGUGGUAAUAUGGAGCAAGAAAAGAAGAAUAUAUUCGCUGCAUCGCCCAGCAUUGAGAUAACUGAGAAGUGCGCUUCGGGAGGUGCUAAACCCAGAAUUUGGAGUUGAUUCUCUCGUUAGUGCGGAUUUCGUUACACUAUUACAUGAUUGAUAAAAUGCAUAAUAUUUCGUUUAUUUUUGAUAAGUCUGGUUACACAUGGCAUAUGACUGAGUGUCCAGUUAUUUUAUAAAAAUG